AUGAGCUCAGACGAAGACAUUAGUAGCAGUAUGGACGCACAUCCUAGUAUGUCCAGAGAAAAACUCAGAAAACUCACCAAACCGCUUAUGGAAAAACGACGCCGAGCGAGAAUAAAUGCCUGUUUGAACCAGUUAAAAAAUCUCGUUCUGGAGGCCAUGAACCAAAAUACCUCACACUUUUCUAAGCUAGAGAAGGCGGAUAUUUUGGAAAUGACAGUGAAACACUUAUCCCAGCUACAAAGGCGCCAAGCAGAGUCUCAGAAACAGUUGGACGGUUGUGGUGUGUCUCGCUUCAGGGCGGGUUACGCGGAGUGCGCGCAAGAAGUAGCCCGGUGCUUAGCAACGGUUGACCAAAGAGACAGCGUGGUGGGUUUGCGGGUGAUGGAGCAUCUCGCGCAGAGAAUACAGUUUUCAAGCGAAACGAAAGUCAAUUCUCCGCUAAAUCACACCUCCACCAUCCUACACAGACAACCGGUGUAUCGUCACCCAUGUCAUCAAUCCUCAAUGUAUUUACCGACUAUUCUCCCACCCUCAACGUCGCCGGCCAUUCAGACCGGCCACUCAGACAAGAAGAUGUCAUACCCGGAAUAUAUACAAACUGGGGUGCAGGAAGACGAAGGGAAAGUCUCCUCAACUGACGCGAAGGUGACCAUACGAAGCCCUCAUAAAAGCAGAAAAUCAAGCACACCUACAAGGUUUCCGGUGUCAGAUGCGUAUCGGGAAACAUUCAACAUCAGCAGUAACAGUGACAUGAAAAAGGAAGCGGAAAUGAUCAAAACUGACCAAUCAGAGCCUGUGUGGAGGCCAUGGUAA